AACGGAACGUAAUUGUUGGUUUCUUUGGAUUUGUUGCUUCUUUUCGUAUUUUAAUAAAACUAUUAAACUAACUACACUAAAUUUUAAUGUUAAUGUAACCUUGUUUUGUUGAACGUGACAUUGAAAUUAAAAUGGCAAACAGAGCAGAGAGAACUCCUGAUGAAGUAAGGAAAGUUAUAAAAACGGCAAAACUUCACGAGUCUGAAUUAACUGACAUCACUCAAGUAUUGAGAUUUGCGGAACAAAAUGUUCAUAAUUUAAAUUUAAAACUGAUGCUUCUAGAUGAUAAUUUACUCCAAGAAAUAGAAGCUGGAAACCAGUUAAUAUUUAAAGGUGAUGUUGAUGAAAAUGCUGUUUUGUGUACACAAAGCCGAACUUACGAUAUUAAGGAAGCUGAAACAUCUAACUCCCUCCAUCUCGUUCCUGACCUGCUGUUUGCGGCUUCAACCGGUUUGGACGACACUACAGCUAACAACUCCAUGGAGGGAGAUUCAGACUCGUCCUUCGACACGUCGAAUGCAAGUUUGAAUAAAUCAACAGAUUCAGACGACGGGAGGCCUCCAAGGAGUAUCGUGCACAAGGAUAUACUGAAUACAUUUUUUACGUAUUACGAAGUAAAGCCGUGCAAGCCGCGGCUGCUUAAGCUACAGAAACUACUAGAGGAAACUUCAUAUCGCGGCUUGGAACUAGAGUAUGAGGUGGACAAAACCAAGUUACUGACCUAUGAAGGUAUAUUUGAUGUCAUCCAAGCUUCUCGAGCCGAGUUAGAUGAGGAGUUGGUGAGGCUGCAAGCUUUGAAAAUAGGAGAGCACUAUCGAUUACUAGAUUUCGAUUACGAGUUUAGAAUUUUAUCAUACAUGCUGGACCUGAUAGAAGAGAAUUCAUGGCCAUUAAAUAAAAUAUCGAGAGAGGUCACUUUAGAUAGCUUGAAAGACUUAGUUCCUGCUUGUAUUUUGGAAGCCAUGUUUGGAUUUUAUACGAUGGAAUCAGUAGAAGAAGGAGGGACGCAAUACUAUCAGUACAAAGAAGACAAAGUUUGCCGAUUUCUGGCACGAGUCCUUUUGAAAAGCGCGGGGAAAUUUAAUUUAGUUGAAUUCAUGCAAGCGUGGCGGGAUUCCGUACCCGAAGGAAUGAUAACACAUAAAUCCAUGCUGGCCGGGAUAGCGAUAACGGACGAAUCCUCACAACCACCAGUUAUAUGGGGUUUCUCUGCGAGUGAUUUACCCGAGGACUUGAAUCAGCGCUUUAAGAUUCUGUUCCAAGCGAAACCCAAAUGGACCCUUUCCGAAAUAUCGCCGUAUAUCGAGUUAUAUGCCACGGAGAAAUUAAAUGUAAACGCCCUAUUAACCAAGUACGCACGCGCCUCAGCUCAAGAUGGCGUCAGAGUUUUUUCUGCUAAACAUAUGAAAUAAAUAUUAUUAGUAUUUCGUAAGGAUAUUUAAAUAAAAAAAAAGUUUUAUAAAUUAUA